CCUCCAGCUUCUGCCCUGCCUGCUGUGUGCGGAGCCGUCCAGCGACCAACAUGGUGAGGCUCACGCUGCCCAACCCCGGCCUGGACUCCCGGAUCCCGUCCCUGGCUGAGCUGGAGACCAUCGAGCAGGAGGAGUCCAGCUCCCGGCCCAAGUGGGACAACAAGGCACAGUACAUGCUCACCUGCGUGGGCUUCUGCGUGGGCCUGGGCAACGUGUGGCGCUUCCCCUACCUGUGCCAGAGCCACGGAGGAGGAGCCUUCAUGAUCCCGUUCCUCAUCCUGUUGGUCCUGGAGGGCAUCCCCCUGCUGCACCUGGAGUUCGCCAUCGGGCAACGGCUGCGGCGGGGCAGCCUGGGUGUGUGGAGCUCCAUCCACCCAGCCCUGAAGGGCGUAGGCCUGGCCUCCAUGCUCGUGUCCUUCGUGGUGGGCCUGUACUACAACACCAUCAUCUCCUGGAUCAUGUGGUACUUCUUCAACUCCUUCCAGGAGCCUCUGCCCUGGAGCGAGUGCCCGCUCAACGAGAACCGGACAGGGUACGUGGACGAGUGUGCCAGGAGCUCCCCUGUGGACUACUUCUGGUAUCGAGUGACGCUCAACAUCUCCACGUCCAUCAGUGACUCGGGCUCCAUCCAGUGGUGGAUGCUGCUGUGCCUGGCCGGUGCAUGGAGCGUCCUGUACCUGUGCACCAUCCGUGGCAUCGAGACCACCGGGAAGGCCGUGUACAUCACCUCCACGCUGCCCUAUGUCGUCCUGACCAUCUUCCUCAUCCGAGGCCUGACGCUGAAGGGCGCUACCAAUGGCAUCGUCUUCCUCUUCACCCCCAACGUCACGGAGCUGGCCAACCCGGUCACCUGGCUGGACGCGGGUGCACAGGUCUUCUACUCCUUCUCCCUGGCCUUCGGGGGCCUCAUCUCCUUCUCCAGCUACAACUCCGUGCACAACAACUGCGAGAGGGACUCGGUGAUCGUGUCCAUCAUCAAUGGCUUCACCUCAGUGUACGCGGCCAUUGUGGUCUACUCCAUCAUCGGGUUCCGCGCCACACAGCGCUAUGACGACUGCUUCAGCACGAACAUCCUGACCCUCAUCAACGCGUUCGACCUGCCUGAAGGUAACGUGACCCAGGAGAACUUUGCAGAGAUGCAACGGCAGUGCAACGCCUCCAACCCCGCAGCCUACGCACAGCUGGCAUUCCAGACCUGCAACAUCAACUCCUUCCUCUCGGAGGGUGUGGAGGGCACAGGCCUGGCCUUCAUCGUCUUCACCGAGGCCAUCACCAAGAUGCCGGUGUCCCCACUGUGGUCCGUGCUCUUCUUCAUUAUGCUCUUCUGCCUGGGGCUGUCAUCUAUGUUUGGGAACAUGGAGGGCAUCAUGGUGCCCCUGCAGGACCUCAGAGUCUUCCCCCCGAAGUGGCCCAAGGAGGUGCUCACAGGCCUCAUCUGCCUGGGAACAUUCCUCAUUGGCUUCAUCUUCACACUGAACUCCGGCCAGUACUGGCUCUCCCUGCUGGACAGCUAUGCCGGCUCCAUUCCCCUGCUCACCAUUGCCUUCUGCGAGAUGUUCGCUGUGGUCUACAUGUACGGUGUGGACAGGUUCAAUAAGGACAUCGAGUUCAUGAUUGGCCACAAGCCCAACAUCUUCUGGCAAGUCACGUGGCGUGUGAUCAGCCCCCUACUCAUGCUGACCAUCUUCCUCUUCUACUUUGUGGUCAAAGUCAGUGAGGAACUGACCUACAGCAUCUGGGAUCCUGGCUACGAGGAAUUUCCCAAAUCCCAGAAGAUCUCCUACCCAAACUGGGUGUAUGCAGUGGUGGUGAUUGUGACCGGAGUGCCCUGCCUCACCAUCCCCAGCUAUGCCAUCUACAAGCUCAUCAGGAACUGCUGCCAGAAGCCAGGGGACCGUCAGGGGCUGGUGAGCACACUGUCCACAGCCUCCGUGAACGGGGACCUGAAGUACUGA